UAAACCACCAAUUUUACUGUUAUCGUCCAACAGCAAAGCCUUCCAUGCUGUUGUCUCCCAAAAAACCAACAUUCACUGUUUUUCUCUUUUAAACUCUACUCGUCUCUGAAUUCUAUGCAGCAUUGACUGUAUCCAGUUAAACCUGAAACAAUGUCAGGGUAUAAUAUUUACAAGAGAACACCAAAAAGGGCUAAGUUUAGCGAUGCAAUGGAGGAAAAACAAGGGAGGAAAGAACAACGCUGUUGGGUUCCAGGAACGCCGCAGACCAAGAACGUUUAUGUUAAAAAACGUUCGAGAAAGAAGCUUGCUACACAAGAAAAAGAUUUCGACUCGUUAUUUGGGAGUUCUUUUGCGAUGAGUUCUUCAUAUGAAAAGAACGUUCUGUUUACUCAACAAGAAAUUGAUUCUGACAAACCAUCCGUUACUUGUGUUACUAUGAUUUCUGCGGAUGAAGAGAAUGUUCAGUUUGGUUCUUGUGUGGCAUUGACAGGAUACGAAAAGGGGCAAAAUUCUGACAGAACAGAAAGCGCAUGUUUGGAUUCUGCCCCCAUAAUAGACUUGAACAUGAGCUUGGAUUCUCUAGGGACGAUAAAUUUCAAUGCUAGAAAGGAGGAGGGACAGGAUUGUGCUCCAGGAUGGAUAGAUUUGAAUGCAAGUAUGAAAAAGGAACAUAGUUCAGAUAAAACCAGAGGCUCAAGCUUGGGGUCUGCAGACUCCACAGGCACAAGCAAGGAAAAGGAACAGAGUUUUGAUGGAGUAGAAAGGACAUUUUCGGGUUCUCCAGGCUUGAUAGAUUUGAAUAUAAGUAUUUAUAGUUUGGAAGAGGUUGAUGGUUCUAAAGAGCAAGUAAUGCAGACUCAUGAGGGUGAAUCCACAUGUUUAGUUUCUGGUGGAGUGAUUGAAGGUUUAGGUAUCUUGGGCUCUGGGGAGUCGAAUGAAGGUCUUAGUCAUUGUGAUUCAGUAUUGAGUCAUAAUCCUUUUAAAGAAUUCCUUAGUUUCCCAGAGCCUAAAACUUCUCAGGCAUCUGUGUAUGCAGAUGCAAUAUCACAAACUGCUUCAACUGACAGAAAGAUUGAGAAUUCCCCUGUAAUGAAGGAGCCUGAUAGUGAAAAAUUAAGCUCAAACCGUAACUUCGUUCAGGAUGAUGGCUUAAUGCAAGAAAAUGUAACUUGUGAGCAGAUUGAUGCCAAAGAUUGCAUAGAUUCCAAGAAGACACAACACAAACCAAAAAGGAAGAAACACAGGCCCAAAGUUGUAAUUGAUGGCGAGCCAACCAAACCAAAGCCUGCAACCCCAAAGCAAGCAAGGGAAAAGAAACCAAAGCUCGCAACUCCAAAGCAAACCAAGGAAAAGAAACCAAGGGUUUCAGCUCCAAAGCAAGUUAAGGAAACAAAAUCUGAGAAUGUAGGGAAGCGUAGAAGCUCCAGUUUGAAGGAUGUCAUCAUUGAAGGCACAGCUCUCAAUCAAUUGGAGACCAAAAAUCAAUCUGACAUCCAAAGCAACCUGAUCAUAGAGAUCAAUGAAACCAAAGCACCUAUCGCAAGGGCUUUGGAUUUUCAAUCUGAAAGUUUGGAUGCUAAACAUGUGGGUUCUGCUUCUCUUAACAAGAAAAGAAGGUCCAAAAGGAGAAGGAAACUGAAUUUGUUCAGUUUCACUUUCAUGGGUGAGACAAAGAAGGGCAAGAAGAGCAAGAAAAGACUAUUAACUGUUAAUUGGUGUCCGAGAAAAAGGAGGUUGCAAAUGAAGAGGCCACAGAAGGUACCUGAGAGGAAUACUUUACUCAGUGAUAAGUUAGAGGUACCUGAGGUGGAUGCAAAGAUUGAUCUUUCAUUUAUUGACAAGCAAAGGGUAAUAGAGACAGAUACUAACCAUGGGCUUCAAACUCACAAUGCUGGAUUUGCUGAAUUUCCAGUUCACCACAACACUAUUGUCACUAAUAUGAGUGAUGAUGAUUUAGUCUCUGAUAAGACGGAUCUUUCCACAAUGGGAGAGAUGGAGGUAUCUGCUUUAAUGGAGAGGUUGAUGGGAGCCCCUACUUUAGGAACACAGAUGGAAACCCCUGCUUUAACAGAGAGGUCUCAAAAGACAGAAACUCCAAAAGAGUUUGACAAUAGUACAUGCAAAAGCAAAGGUGAGGGAAGCACAUCAGAAGCUCAGAAAAGUACAGGCAAGAGAAAACCUAAGGAAAGCACACCAGAUGUCACUACCAAAUCAAAAGGUCGAAAGGGAGUCUUAAGUAAAAAGGACGUUAAUCUAAUUAUUCAGAAACUGCAGUCUUUGCGUAUCAGUGAUGAAGGCACACUGGUUCCCUAUCAAGGGACUAAGAAGAAAAAAUCGUCGAAAGUUGACCUAGACUCGGAGACAUUGAGAGUUUGGAACUUGCUGAUGAACAUAGAUGAUGGCGGGAGUGAAAAGGAAGCAAGCGAAGAAACUGAGAAGUGGUGGGCAAAAGAAAGAGAAAUUUUUUUUGGUUAUGUAUCCUCAUUUAAUGCGCGUAUGUAUCAAAUACAAGGGGAUAGAGGCUUCAGAAAAUGGAAUGGUUCAGUUCUGGAUUCAGCAGUAGGAGUUUUCCUAACACAGAACGUAUCAGACCACCUUUCAAGCAAUGCCUUUAUGUCACUUGCUGCAAAGUUCCCCCCUCAGCCAACAUGUCAGAAAAGAGCAUGUGAUGAAGUCCUGGAGAUCUUACGUAUCCAAGAGUCAGUUGGAAGAAGCAUAGCAGCAGAAUAUGAUGCUGUGGGUAACAAGUAUUUUGUCAGUGAACCUGAACCAGAAAGGAAGAUGGAAUUGGGAAGAGGAACAGAGACCUUGGUUGGUGGGGUAGAGGAAACAAGCUCCACUGAAAUUGAAGACAUUACAUCAGUGUGCAUGCCAAAUAGUUUGGAGACUUCUAGUGGUUACGGAGGCAGUCCACAGAUUAAAAACACAAACUUACCAGAGGAAUCACGCUAUAACCCAAAUAUGAUAUUAUCAUGCAAAAAGAAACCGGAAAAUGAAUGUAAUGAGAUGAAGCAUGGAAAUGAAACAUCCAGUUCAAAGAGAUCAGCUAACCUGAAAGGUUGCUGCGGACAUAUCUCUCCGUCCUGUUCUCAAGAUUCCCUUGAUAUGUCCCUUCCCACUUCCAAUCUGAAGGUAGAUCAUCCAGAGAUUUCAGAAGAUUUAGAGGUACAUAAUGAAGCCAAGCGCUGUACACCCCUUGCACCAAAGGAAGAGGCAGAAGCUGAAGUUGGAGAAGUUUCCCAUGCUAGACACUGCUUCCAAGAAGAGAUGGUGCGCUUCCAGUCUCAAAAGACGCCAGUUGAUGCGCCUGUAUUCCCUAUAGACAAAGCAGAACAAACUCAGAAGACUACGAUGCAGCAUGAUGAUGCACCUACUAUUAGCAAGAAAAGGGGUAGAGGGAAAUCACCAAAGAAGGAUGAAUCUACUUCAAGGGGAAAGAAUAAAAAUAGUAAGAAAGCAGAAGACAAUUUUGACUGGGAUAGUUUAAGGAUAAAGUAUUCCACUGGCCCAAGAAGUAGCGAUCAAAUGGAUUCUGUGGACUGGGAGGCAGUCAGGCUUGCAGACAUUGAAGAUGUAGCAGAUGCCAUUAAAGUACGAGGGCAGCACAGAGUAAUUGCAGGGAAAAUCCAAAAAUUCCUUAACCGAGUGGUUAAACUACAUGAAUGCCUUGACCUUGAAUGGCUACGAAACGUCCCACCUGAUUUAGCGAAGGAAUACCUGCUGAAAGUUGAUGGACUGGGGUUGAAGAGUGUUGAGUGCGUACGGCUUUUGACACUGGAGAAUGUUGCCUUCCCAGUUGACACAAAUGUUGGUCGAAUAGCGGUACGUCUAGGAUGGGUUCCCCUCCAACCACUGCCUGAAGAACUUCAGAUACAUCUCCUUGAACAGUACCCUAUAAUGGAUUCCAUUCAGAAAUACCUCUGGCCGCGACUCUGCACCUUAGACCAGAAAACACUAUAUGAACUACAUUAUCAGAUGAUAACCUUUGGAAAGGUUUUCUGCACCAAGAAAAAUCCAAAUUGUAAUGCUUGUCCAAUGAGGGCAGAUUGCAGACACUUUGCAAGUGCAUUUGCAAGUUCAAGGCUUGCACUGCCAGGGCCAUCUGAUAAAAUGAAUGUGAGUCCAUCAGUUCCUGACGGUUCAACUGCAAUUUUCGACCACCUACCAUUGGUAUCUUCAUCAGAGGCUACACCAUUUCAUUGUUCUAGACCGCAAAUCGAGAUUUGUGAGCCUGACAUUCAAGAAACCAUCGAACUACUGCCAAAACUUGAAUCUCCACAAUCAGAGGAACUAGAGGUUGAAUAUGAUUCUGAAGGAAUUCCUAUUAUCAGACUAAAUCUUGAAAACUUUAGGACAAGUUUGUGCAGCUACGUGGACAACAGCAAUACCGUGUUUGAAGAUGGCGAAAGCUCAAAAGCAAUAAUUGCUUUGACUCCAGAAGCAGCUUCAAUUCCUGCUCCGAAACUGAAGUAUGUUAGCCGGUUAAGAACAGAGCAUCUAGUUUAUGAACUGCCACGAAACCACUUUCUUCUAGAACAGCUUGAACAAACAGAAUCCGAUGAAGAAGUGCAGUACCAUCUUGCUAUAUGGAGACCAGGUGAAACUGAAGACUCAUUGGUGCCAUCAAGGAAGACAUGCAAUUCUAUGGAGUUUGAGCUUUGCAAUGAUCAAACAUGUUUUUCAUGCAACAAUACUAGGGAGCAGAAUGCCAAUAUAGUCCGUGCCACUCUUUUGAUACCUUGUAGAGUAGCAAUGAGACGUAGCUUUCCACUGAAUGGAACAUACUUUCAAGUGAAUGAGGUAUUUGCUGAUCAUGAAACUAGUCUUCGACCCGUUAACAUUUCAAGGGACUUGAUAUAUAAUCUCAGAACUAGGACUGCAUACUUUGGAUCAUCAGCAACAGCAAUAUUCAGAGGUUUAUCAAUGGAAGAAAUUCAGAAAUGCUGUUGGAAAGGUGUUAUUUGUGUGAGAGGAUUUGAGCGUAGUACAAGGGCUCCUAGACCACUUGUAAGAAGAUUUCACUGCUCACCAAGUAAUAUGGAGAAGGUAAAAAGAGAAACAAGAGAAGAUGGGAUGUCCAAUAAAGGUGGCAAAAGGAAAGCAAAAGAAAAACGACAUAUAAUUGAUGACAGAAACUGAAACGAUUUUCAUUGCAAUCCUCAAUUUGUAAAUAAUUUAUCAUUACCAAAUGAGUGGUAUAUAUAAUAGAAAAACAUUUCCAUUUGUAAUAGAUAGUAUUUUUUAAUUAGAGAUUUCAAGUUAGAAGGUUUUUUAAAUUCAAAUGACGAUAUAAGUAAUGUAAAGUUUACUGAAUGAAAAGAAAAUUAUAUUUUGUUAUUAUGAUAAUUUAUUCAAUUAAAUCAAUAACAAGUUUUUAAUUUUAAUUUUAGUUGAUGAGUUGAUGUGGUCAAAAAAAUUUGAUACAUUUGAUCAUCUUAUUGGUUAUUGGUUGAAGUUGUAUCGAAAGAAUAGUUUGUUUAUGUAAAAUUAAAAUUUAAAAAUUUAUUUAUUAUUAUAAUACAUAAGCGUUUUUAAGAUUUGAGCUUUAAUAAAAAAAAAUUAAGAGCUAAUUAAAAUGCCAGCUGACAUCCUCUUAAAAAUUUAUUGAAGUCUUCUUAAACAAAUUCUACAAAUAGAUAAUUCUCAAUUCUCACCGAACUAUGUUCACAUAUUAAAUAGGUAUGUUAUAAAAUAAUUAUUAACAAAGUUAAUUUGUUGAAUUAGAUUGACCACGCGGACGAUCCAUUACAUUAAUCAUGGUUCCUUCCCUUUUAAUGAAUUUGCCAAUUACGUUGGCGCACAUGCUCAUAUUGGUCUCACUGUACGUGAUAUUGGUUACAUUAAGUGACCAGUAAACCAUUCCUGGUCAAAGGCAUCCCGCGUUAUAAAACAUUUAUUCCAAAUACUGUGGAAAUGGUCCAAAAUAAUUUCUUCUUUUCUUGCCCUUAGGUGUUUUUGGUCAAUUUGUACAACAAAAUUGACCUUCAAAAAGCGUGUUUAACAGAAACUAAAUCCCUUGUCUAUGUUUGCUGUCUUAUUGUAUACCGUAAUUCUCAUAAAUUGUCUCAUUUUUAUUUUUUUUAUAAUUAUGUUGAUAUAUAUUUAAUUUUAUCUCAAUUUUAUUAUCAACAGAAAUAACAAUAACUACACGAGAUAAAUAAACGAAAAUUGAACACUCUUGAUCUAUAAUUUUAAUUCAAAAUCGAAUUCUUCAUGGCGAGAUCUUCCCUUUAAAAUAUUUUUCGAAGAUUAAUAAAUCAAAAAGAAUCUAACCAAUAAAUCAAAAAGCCUACCUUUUUUUUUUAAUUGUUUUUAAGGAAGAUAAGCUUUUAAGAAAUUAUCUUCACGAUUCCUUUGUAAUUUCUGAGGUUUCAACUUUAAUAACAAAAUCCUAUGUCUCUACUGACAAGAUAUAUUAUAAUAACAUGACGCCUUGGAGUGAUGUAUGUGCAGUGCCGUCAACAAAUUCUGGCCUUUAACGGUGGGUAACAGAUUUUUACACAUUUUAAGAUUCGAACUUUUUCCGUCUAACAUUGUUGUAGCUUCACACGUCAUUCAAAUAUUAUUCAACUUCUAAAAAGUUACCCUUUUAACCUUUUGAGGUUUAUACAUAUAUAUAUAUAUAUAUAUAAGUAUUUUUAUUCUUUGGUGCAUUUUUACGAGUAAUAUCUAAAUAUUAAUUAAAAUAAUCAUUUAACUAUUUUCUUAAUUCACGUAUUCUUUCUCUUAUUCUUCUUUUAGAGACGAGUAUCACGUCUUGUCAAAUAUAUAAUAUAUUAUAUUACGAAAAAUAUGACUUGAUGCACCUCUUAUACUUGUUCUGCGUGUGUUUGACUUGUUGCCUAGGAUUUUUCCAGGAAAUUGUACUGCUUAUUACUAUCCUUGUGUAGCUUAAUUUGCAUAAAAAUAUUCAAAGCUAAAUUCCCUUUUUUUUCUUUUUUCUAUGUUACGUGCAAGACUUAGAUAUUAUAAGUGAUACAUAAUUUAACCAGGAAUUACAACAAUAUUUCAAUGAGCAAUUUUUUAAGUUCAAAUCCAGUCAAGAUUAAAAGCUUUAAAAAAAGGAGAGGAAUAUCUUAAAGACGAAAACUACAUGGAUUUCAUCACCUUAAACGCUAUCGUUUCUUAGAACGAGAAAUCCGCGCCAACGGCUGAAGCACCGAAUCCUUGUACCUGCACGGCAAAACCCGUCUCCUCCCGCGUUUCGUUCGGACCACCUGCGAAGCCUCGUCGAAAGGUCCGUAUAAAUCCGCCACCCUACAGUCUCUCCCUUUCUCCAUCGAUUCCUUCCCGUUUAUCUCCUGAGUUUCCAACUCGCCACUGAGUCCACCACGUUCCAACUCUCCAUUUGCCGAACUCAGAUCCCCUGUCUCAAUAAGCAAAUUAGCUAACGAACCCUCCUCCUGUCCGAGCUCCCUCCUGCAAAACGGCUCCGUUUCCUUCUUUUCAUCUUCAACGUCGAUUUCAGGAACUGGGUUUCUUUUCUCUUCGUUUUCGUUUUUCUCUUGAUUUGAGUUGGCUUCAAUAGCAUCCGAAUUCCUUUCAGUUUCUGGUGACGAAGUCAACUCCAAGUUCAAGUCAAUAAGGAAACCCUGAUUACCAAAAGACUGGGCCUUAUCCUGGGAGCUUGAUGAGGAGGAGGGAGAAUCAAGUUGAAGAAGUUGACGAUGAAAAGAUGGGUUGGCUUUUGGGUUUUGUUGGUUUGGAGGAAUAGAGCAGAUGAUGCUAAGGAUCUUUUGCAAGCACAUGUGAGCUUUCGAAUAUCCUCCUCCUUUACCACCAAGGAAUUUAUGCGAAUCCAUUGAUGUAACACGGGAAAGAACAAGAGAA